CGAGCUCACCAGCGCCGCACCCCACCUCGGGGUUCGCUCGCGCGCCCGCACUACUAGCCACGCUCAUACAGCACGGCCCGGAAAUUGGGCCAGAGAGCGAGGCAACAAGCAAGCCGGCCGCCGGAAGCAGAGCAGCAGCAAUGCCGACGCUGCGGCGGCGCAACCCGGAAGUGCACGUGAAGGCGCUGGAGGGCAUCGUGUCGGCCAACACCUUCACGGUGGCCGUUUUCAUCGGCAUCACGGGCACCAUCACGCCCUCCGCAACCAUCCCGCCCGCGUGCGUCGCCGGCGACGACAUCGCGCGCAACUUCUUCCUCUUCAAGAUCCUCUCCUUCGGCUUCUACCUCUUCUCCAGCCUCGUCGCGCAGGGGGUGAAGCUCGCCGUCACGCUCCUGGCCGCCGACGAGUUCUACGGCGACGGCGAGCAGAAGCCCCCGCCGUCCGGCGACUGCGAGGAGAUGCCGGCGUGGCGCGCCACGGGGCCGCGGGAGCGGCGCCGCGCCGUGCUCAGGUUCGCGCAGCCGAUGAUGCUGCUGGCGGCAGGGUGCCCCUUCAUGGGCACCUUCUUCCUGCUGCUCUCCAUCGUGGACGCCAUCCAGCUCAAGUUCGGCCUCGUCCCCUGCGGCAUCCUGCUCGCCGUCGGCGCCACCUUCGCGCUCUCGGGGCUCGUCGUCGGAGGGCUGCUCUUCUACGGAUCCACCGUCGCCUACGCCCUCACGCACUACCUGCCCUGAAUCUGAAUGCCGCCUGGCGCUCGAUCUGCUGCCUGCCCCUCUGGGUUGGUCAGUUAAUCCGCGCAAGACGAAAUUAGCUCAAAUCCUCCAACCAAAAUCCAAUUCCUCGCCUGAGGAGCAACAUCGCAACCCCCUCCACCAAUCCCCCACCUCGCCCCGGCGCGCCGCUCGCCGGAGCCGGCCACCGCCAUGGCCGCAAGGG